UUCACGACCGUUCUGAUGAUGUCAUUGGUGUGCGACGACGCCUGAACGGUUCAUCUAUGACAGAAAGACAAUGACAACAAGUUUAAAACAGGCUUUAAAAACCCACUUUGGGUUCGACAGCUUCAGGUCUAAACUACAGGAAGAUGUUGUUAAAACAGUCGUCAGGGGUGAUAGGGAUGUGUUUGUGUGCAUGCCCACUGGAGCAGGAAAGUCUCUGUGUUACCAGUUGCCUGCAAUGCUGGCUGAGGGCAUCACUCUGGUUAUAUCCCCGCUCAUUGCUCUCAUUCAGGACCAAGUGCAACACCUGAGGGAGCUGAACAUCCCAGCCUGCUCCAUCAACUCCAAACUCCCAGCAGGCGAGCGCCGCCUGAUCCUGACCGACCUGGGGAGCAGCAGCCCCAAGCUGAAGCUCCUCUACAUCACUCCGGAGAUGGUGGCCUCUCCCUCGUUCCAGCCCUGCCUGACGGGCCUGUGCUCCCGCGGCCUGCUGUCCUACCUGGCCGUGGACGAGGCUCACUGCGUAUCCCAGUGGGGCCACGAUUUUAGGCCGGACUACCUCAAACUGGGUGAUCUCCGCGCUCGCCUGCCUGGAGUUCCCUGCUUGGCCCUGACAGCGACAGCGCCCAAGAACGUACAAGAGGACAUUGUUCAGUCCCUGAGACUUCGCUUGCCGCUGUCUUUUAUCACACCUGUCUUCCGCAGUAACUUGAACUAUGAUGUGAUCUUCAGGGAGCUGCUGCCGAACCCUUACGUCCACCUCCAUGCCUUUGUUAAGAAGGCACUGGCACAGGACAGCGGGUCCAGUGGACAGGGUUGUGGGAUUAUUUACUGCCGGACUAGAGAAGGCUGUGAAACAGUGGCUUACCAGCUGACCAAGCUUGGAGUCUUGGCCAAGCCUUAUCAUGCAGGUCUGAAAGCAGGAGAUCGCACAGAGGUCCAGAAUGAGUGGAUGCAGGGGAAGGUGCUGGUUAUUGUAGCUACCAUCAGCUUUGGUAUGGGAGUAGACAAGGCCAACGUCAGGUUUGUAGCUCAUUGGAACCUCGCUAAGUCCCUGGCCAGUUAUUACCAAGAGUCUGGGCGAGCAGGGAGAGACGGACUGCCUUCCUCCUGUCGCACUUACUACUCCCCGAGAGAUAAGGAGCAAAUUAACUUCCUCAUCCGCCAGGAGGUCGCCCGCAGACAGGAAAAACGUGGCUCUGCAAAGGAUUCAGACAAAGCAGCCAUUACAGACUUUGAAGCCAUGGUGUCAUUCUGUGAGCAAGAGGGUUGUCGCCAUGCUAUCAUCUCCAAGUUCUUCGGAGACAAGGCGCCAAAUUGCGCCGGCGCCUGCGACUACUGUCGUAACCCCAAAGCUGUGCGAGCCCAGCUGGAGAGAGCGGCAACCCUCAGCACCAAGACCGAGGCUCAGAGCAAAGAGCCCAAAGGACCCUUCGGUUUCCAGGCGGACACAUACGGAGGUGGAAAGAAGGGCUACGGCUUUGAGAGGUAUGAUGAAGGGGAAGGUGGUAGCGCCGAGGAUGAUAAUUUAAAGAGGAAAAAGGAGUUUUCUGACCUCUUCAAGAAGCAGAUGAACCUACGAAAGGGAAGUGACAGUCAAAGGGAAGAGUUUGUUCCACCAGAUCCCGACUGCCGACUCAGAGAGGCCAGCAGCCAGAGGAUCCCCAGGCUCACUGUGAAGGCCAGAGAGCACUGCCUGUACCUCUUGGAAGAGGCGAUACAUGCCCACAAGGGGGCAGAAGACAUUUUCAACUUUGACCCUCUGUCCAUGGCAGUGGAUAUUGAACAUGAGGUCUUCAAGAACAGCAAGUCCUCCAACUUGUACAAAGCCGCCGUCCUGAAGAAGGUGGCAGAGAUGAAGACAGCGGCAACUCCAGCUGCUGGAUUAGAAGGAGGCAAGACUAGCAGCAGCUGUGAAUCCAAAGAAGCUGAUUUGAAACUCAAAGGGGAAGCAGCCUCCUCCUCUUCCUCAUCCUUUUCUGAGGAGGUGCAGGGGUUUACAUCUGCAUCUGAAAUCUACUCAAUGAAGCGUAAGAGGGUAGGUGCAGGCCAGAGGGGCUCGUUCAACUCCUUCCAGAGUGCCAAGGAUCUGCUGAAGACCUCCACAUCAGACACCGCUUCUAAAAAAGAGUCAGAGAGUGGCGGGUUUUACAGCAACAGCUCAGGAAGCUCUGGAGACAAGGAUACAUCUUCGGCUGUAACAUCGUCCACCAGAGCCACAGCAAAUGCGGCGGCGACGGCAGCCACCUCCGUGAGCAGCCCGACAAAGGGCGGCAAAGCCAUGAGCAAGAAGCAGCAGAAGCUGGCCGAAGCGGCCAAGAGUUCCCACAACAUUUCCCAGUACUUUGUGAAGAAGCAAACUCCAGGAAAAAGCCAGGAGGAGCCGGAGACUCUGAGCGGAGUUGAUGCUGCCACUACCACUGUGAUCCCCCCAAGAAACACCAGCCAGCAUGAACACUCACCUGUCACUGUGGAAACUGUAGAGAACAGUCCUGUGGAGUUAGAGACUCGGAAUGUGAUCCUAGAGGAAAGUAAAGCAGACGUAAUAGUUAUAGAUGAUGACGAGAGGGAGGAAACACAGAAAACAGAGACCUCUGAGCUGGAGCAGGUUCAAGACACAUCUAAAGAGGACAUGAGGUCUGCCACAGAGACACAGACACCCUCACACACACAAGACAGACCAGAGGAAGAAGCUAAACCAGCUCCAAUACAUGAGUUGACAGAUGAUAUGAAAGCCAACACGGGGUCGUCUCCUCCAGCGAAGCGCAGCCGUCCUGCAGACGGCAGCAGCAGAAGAGUGACCUUCAACCCUAACGUGGAGGAGAGGGCGCUGCAGCCAGUGAACGAGCCUCCGAAGCCGGUGACGCUGAAGGAGGCGGCCGAUAUCGUGGUCCGCUACCUGGACCCUUUUUAUACUCAGGGAAAGUUUGCCAACAAGGAGCUGUUCAAGUCCUUUGCUCGCUACCUGUCUCACCUUCUUGCAGAGGGAAGGAGUCGGGGAAAAGGCCAAGUUAAAGCUGAAGCCAAAGCUCUCAUCAAGAAAUUCUUCAGCCGAGUCCAGCGCUGUGAGAGCGAGGCGGACUGGAAGCACCUUAAAAGACCGCACAGCUGUAAAAGCACAGAGAACAAGGAAUGAUAGUAGCCAUUUUUAGGGCCAAACCCCUCUUCUUUGUCAGUGCCUCCUGUUCCAGUGAUCUCAGGCUUCAUCACAGACGCCUGUUGACCUGCUUUAUGGUUGAUUUGCUGCUAGAGUUCUGCUUUUUUUUGUUUGUUUGUUUCCCAGGCCAGUUGCUGCUACAGUAGUUUAUGUUGAUAGCCAAGCAAUAAAAUGUGGACUGUUACAGCCUGAGAGAGCAGAGGCAGCACUCUGUGCACAUUAAGUGUUCUUUAUGUUGCAGCCCAUGAACUGAAAACUGUGUACACUUCAUCCUCUGGGGACCACGAAUGUCUGAACCAAUUACACAGCAGUCUAUCAAAUAGUUGAGAUAUUUCAGUCUGGACCAAAGCUGUGGACCGAACAACAAGUGAUUUCAUUUCCAUCCAUAGAGUCAUCAUAGGCUAGAAAUACAUUAUGGAAACAGUAGACAGUAAUGUUAAGUAUACAUACUCUGAGGUAAAUGGGGAUAAAGCUUAAAAAAACAAUGGAUGUUUAAAUGUUUGACAUGAACCAGAUGCUGCUAUAUAUUUUGUCUUUGGCUGCUGGACUGCUGAACAAAGAAAAUGGGUAUAAAUGACAUAAAACUGUCAGAUUUGUUUUUUUUUUUUUUUUUUUAACUUAAACUAAAUUCAGUUUUGUCUUAGAUUGUGUCUGGGCCUUAGCAAUAGGAGAAAUUGUGCUGAGGGAUAUUUAGUUUUUCUUUGUGGCAGCAUUGUCUCCAAUGAGGGGAAUGAUCCUUAUAUUAGUUAAAGUGCCUGUCAGGACUGUGACAAACCACAGUUUCUGUCUCCACAGACAGGAGGAAAACCCAAAGAGCACUUGAAGCACUGACAGACACAGCCUUGACUGUUUGGAGAGUCUGAACAGCCAUAGUUUAUCCACUCUUUGCUCCUAAAUGUUUACAAUAAAGUCUGCGCUGAAUGGGAACAGA